AUGGACCUCAGCACUUCGAGUCCCGCGGUCACCGCCUCCCCGGAGCCCCUGGCGUCCCAUGAGCGCAUCCGCAAUGCGGCAGACAUCUCGGUCAUCGUCAUCUAUUUCGUGGUGGUGAUGGCUGUUGGACUCUGGGCUAUGUUUUCCACUAAUCGUGGGACUGUUGGAGGCUUUUUCCUGGCAGGCCGAAGUAUGGUGUGGUGGCCGAUUGGAGCCUCUCUGUUUGCUAGUAACAUUGGAAGUGGCCACUUUGUGGGACUGGCAGGGACUGGAGCAGCCGCAGGCAUCGCCAUGGGAGGCUUCGAAUGGAAUGCACUGAUUCUGGUGGUUGUGUUAGGCUGGGUGUUUGUCCCCAUUUACAUUAAGGCUGGGGUGGUGACAAUGCCAGAGUACCUCCGGAAGCGGUUUGGAGGCAAGCGGAUCCAGGUCUACCUGUCCGUCCUCUCCCUGCUCCUCUACAUUUUCACCAAGAUCUCAGCAGACAUCUUUUCUGGGGCCAUAUUCAUCAAUAUGGCCUUGGGCUUGGAUCUGUACUUGGCCAUCAUUCUCUUAUUGGCGAUCACUGGUCUUUACACUAUCACAGGGGGCCUGGCAGCUGUGAUUUACACGGACACCUUGCAGACAGCGAUCAUGCUGGUGGGGUCUUUAAUCCUGACUGGCUUUGGUAAGUGGGCUGCAGCAGGCUGAGGAGAUGGCACCAGAAAACAAAACAAAUGUCUGUUUCCUAACAUGGCUGUUCUUCUCUCCCCAGAAAAAAUUGCCUGCGUCCUCCCCUCUGAAUGUGAGAAAUAUUGCGGCACCAAGGUUGGCUGUUCCAACAUCGCAUAUCCAACCUUAGUGGUGGAGCUCAUGCCCGAUGGACUGCGAGGCCUGAUGCUGUCAGUCAUGUUGGCCUCUCUCAUGAGCUCCUUGACCUCCAUCUUCAACAGUGCCAGCACCCUCUUCACCAUGGACAUCUACACCAAGGUCCGGAAAGGAGCAUCUGAGAAAGAGCUCAUGAUUGCAGGAAGGUUGUUCAUCCUGGUCCUGAUUGGCAUCAGCAUCGCCUGGGUGCCCAUUGUACAGUCAGCGCAAAGUGGGCAACUCUUCGAUUACAUCCAGUCCAUCACCAGUUACUUGGGCCCACCCAUUGCAGCUGUUUUCCUGCUUGCUAUUUUCUGCAAGAGAGUCAAUGAACCAGGAGCCUUCUGGGGACUGAUCCUAGGAUUUCUGAUCGGCGUGGCCCGGAUGAUUACUGAAUUUGCCUAUGGAACUGGGAGCUGCAUGGAGCCCAGUAACUGCCCCACGAUCAUCUGUGGGGUGCACUACUUGUACUUUGCCAUAAUCCUCUUUGUCAUUUCUCUCAUCACCAUCAUCACCAUCUCCCUCUUAACCAAGCCCAUUCCAGAUGUGCAUCUCUACCGUCUGUGCUGGAGUCUUCGCAACAGCAAAGAGGAGCGAAUUGAUCUAGAUGCAAGAGAGGAAGACAUCCCAGAAGCCCCAGAGGAGGCCAUUGAAAUAGAAGUUUCUGAAGAGAAGAAAGGAUGCUUCAGGAAGGCUUAUGACCUGUUCUGUGGACUGGACCAGCAGAAGGGCCCUAAGAUGACCAAGGAAGAGGAGGCAGCGAUGAAACAGAAGCUCACUGACACUUCCGAGAAGCCUUUGUGGCGGACCGUAGUGAACAUCAACGGCAUCAUUCUGCUGGCCGUGGCGGUCUUUUGCCACGGGUAUUUUGCUUGA